AUGUACUCUCACAACGAGGAGCCCAUGUUUGCAGCAGCUAUUAUGAUUUGCUAUAGCCUCAUCAAGGUCAACGUUGCAAUUAGCAUCGUGGAGACUGGCAGAGGUGUCCAUCCCACUAUACAGAUGGCUGUCCACAUGCUCUUAGUACAGGCGUACCAAGACGCCAAGAUGUUGCUCCCCCGCGGAGCCUUAUCACCGGCGGUAACAUGGGUUUAA